UCUGGACUCAAGAAGGUCAUAGCACCUUCCUGAGAGCCACAGCUCUUUUUCUCAUCUUGAAGAUAAUUCUAGAAAGCUCAUAAAAUGUGUGAUGCCUUUGUUGGUACCUGGAAACUUAGCUCCAGUGAAAACUUUGAUGAUUACAUGAAAGAAGUGGGAGUGGGCUUUGCCACCAGGAAAGUGGCUGGCAUGGCCAAACCCAACAUGAUCAUCAGUGUGAAUGGGGAUGUGAUCACCAUUAAAUCAGAAAGUACCUUUAAAAAUACUGAGGUUUCCUUCAAACUGGGCCAGGAAUUUGAUGAAGUUACUGCAGAUGACAGAAAAGUCAAGGUGGUGUAUUUUUUAUUUUAUUUUCCUCUACCAUAUACCAAUGGUAAUAAUUUUUUACUAUGCUCACAGAGCAUCAUAACGUUAGAUGGAGGAGUCCUGGUACAGGUGCAGAAGUGGGAUGGAAAAUCAACCACCAUAAAGAGAAAACGAGUGGAUGACAAACUGGUGGUGGAAUGUGUCAUGAAAGGCGUCACUUCUACCAGAAUUUAUGAGAGAGCAUAAGUCAAGGGACAUGGAGCUGAAGUUUGCAUCGAACUUCUGUUGGCUAUAUUGUCCAAACAUGUAUUGUUAUUUCCUACUAAUUAGCAAGCGACUAAUUUUCCCCAAACUGAUUUUAUUCAAUGUGGAUGUGUUCAUUAAAUAAAACUUUUUAGAUUUAGAAGGUGA